AUGGCUUUUAAUGCGGCCAUAUACGAAUUAUCUCAUGGCCCAUUGCACUUUGAUUUAGAUCGCUUAGAAUGUCUAGUAUUUAAUCCUAUUGAACAUUCAGCUUUGGCCAUGGACUGCCUUACAAUGUCAAAUGUUGACCCAGAUUUAAAUGUUCAAGCUCUGUUGCCACCGACUAGUAGGUAUAUGGUUGAAAAUGAUAUUAGCGAAUUAAUCGACGAGUCAAUGGAUGAUAUGGGUUUUUCAUUGUUGCACCUAAAUUGUCGUAGCCUUAUUGGCAAUUUUGAUAAGUUGAGUCUGAAACUUGGCUGA